AUGACGGAUGGAGGAACGGUGGCUUAUAACAGCCGUGUCGCGGCACUCCGAGAAGCCGAGUAUCCCAUGAUUAAAGCAUCCCUGAAGCUGAUUGGCGAUGCAGAUGAAGUAUAUCUCGACCAUGCCGGGACGACGCUCUAUGCAAAGUCCCUGAUAGACAGGUUUGCGGCGGACAUGACGGCCAACCUCUACGGCAACCCGCACUCCGCAUCUUCAUCUUCCCAGGCAUCGACCUCCCGCGUCGAUGAUGUCCGACUCAGGCUGCUCCAGUUCUUCAAUGCAGACCCUUCUGAGUUUGAUCUUGUUUUUGUAGCAAAUGCAACGGCCGGCAUCAAGCUGGUCGCGGAGGCGUUCCGAUCCAUUCCUGAGGGCUUUACCUUUGCUUAUCACCAGGCCUGCCAUACCAGCCUGGUGGGUGUCCGGCAAGAAGCUAGAAAUAGUCAUUGCCUGGACAAUGCAGCUGUAGAAGGCUGGAUUGAGGGCAAGGCGCUACCAGGUGAUCCUGGCAGUCCUGAAAAGCCAACUCUAUUCGCAUAUCCUGCACAGUCUAAUAUGAACGGCCAGCGGUUUUCGCUGGACUGGUCUGAACGCAUACGCAGGGAUGGUAGUGGCACACCAAGACAUAUAUACACCCUCCUGGAUGCCGCAGCUUAUGCUGCAACAUCUCCGCUUGACCUCGGCAACUCGGCAUCUGCCCCUGACUUUACAGUCUUCAGUCUCUACAAGAUUUUUGGGUUCCCGGAUUUAGGAGCUCUUAUUGUACGUCGACAGGCAGCACCGACAUUCCAGAACAGGAAAUAUUUCGGUGGCGGUACCGUCGAUAUGGUUGUCUGUGUCAAGGAACAGUGGCAUGCUUCAAAGACACAAUCUCUCCACGACUCUCUUGAGGAUGGUACGCUUCCGAUUCACAGCAUCAUGGCGCUGGACGCCGCUCUUGACGUUCAUUCUCAGCUUUUCGGAACAAUGCGAGAUGUUGCCGCACAUACAUCACUGUUAGCUCAACGAGCGCGGAGUCGAUUAGCAGGAUUACGGCACCGAAAUGGGGCAUCUGUGUGCACCAUAUACUCGCCCGAGCAAGCAUGCCAAAACCAUGCGCGGGCCAUGGGUCCUGUUGUGGCAUUCAACCUCCAGAACAGUCAAGGGGCAUGGGUUAGUCUAGCAGAAUUCGAAAAGCUAGCUACCCUCAAAAAGUUCCACAUCCGGACUGGCGGGCUGUGCAACCCAGGAGGUAUCUCGACAGCUCUCGGGUUAGAGCCAUGGGAGAUGAAGAGAAACUUUUCUUCAGGUUUCCGUUGUGGCAAUGAGAACGAUGUUAUCUGUGGCAAACCAACAGGUGUCAUUCGUAUCAGCUUGGGUGCGAUGAGCACGAUAUCUGAUGUGGAUAGAUUCACUAUGUUUAUCGAGGAAUUCUAUUGCACAGAUGAUACCCUCAAUACGUUGCCUGAGAACACAUCCAAUGAUAUCGAGAAUACAUGUGGUAUUCACGUGGAGGAUAUCAUGGUCUACCCGAUCAAAAGUUGUGGCGGAUAUCGCAUCCCGAAAGGGGUGAAGUGGGAUGUCAGAGCGGAAGGUCUGGCGUGGGAUAGGGAGUGGUGUUUAGUGCACAAAGGUACGGGUCAAGCGUUGAGUCAGAAGCGGUAUCCACGCAUGGCUCUACUUCGACCAGACAUCAACUUCACAGAAGGUGUCCUGCAGGUAUCCUACCAUGGGGCCCUACCCGAUCUUGCGAAGCCGAAUAUCUCGAUCCCACUCUCCGCAAAUCCGCAGUUCCUUGAGCCGCUUUCAGCUGCCAAGCGGCUCACAUCCCGGGUUUGUGGUGAAGAGAUUACUGCACGCAGAUACACUUCUACGGCGGUCAACGAGUUCUUCUCCGCCAUUCUUGGUGUACCAUGUGCGUUAGCUAGGUUUCCACCAGGCGGGCAAGGAAACAGCAUGCGCCACGCCAAAGCACACCUGCAGAAGCACCAGAGUUUACCCAGACAGAUGAGAUGCACCCUCCCGGGAAGCUUUGAAGGUUUGGCGACACCCCCCGACUCUGACUCUGAAGGUGAGCCGCGAAAGAUCCUUCUUUCCAACGAAAGUCCAAUCCUCGCCAUCAACCUCUCAAGCCUCCAGGCUCUGAACCGCGAAAUCACUGCCCGGGGUGGAAAGCCCGUCUCAGCAGAGGUCUUCCGUGCCAAUGUUGUCAUCGGCUCCUCCGCGUCUCAACCGGAAUCAUUCGCAUACUCUGAAGAUCACUGGUCCACACUGAGGAUAGGGCAGCAAGACUUCAAGAUGCUGGGCUCGUGUAGGAGAUGUCACAUGGUCUGCAUAGACCAAGAGACGGCUUCCAAGAGCGAGGAGCCCUUCGUGACGCUCACGAAGACCCGAAGAUUUGAUGGCAAAGUGUACUUUGGCACGCACAUGUGCCACUUGCCAUCGAGAGAUACCCUGACGCGGGACGCACAGCAUCCCACUUUGCAGGUUGGUGAUACGGUUUUAAUAGACCCACCUGAAUAA